CUUCAGGGGAGUCAAAUGCAAUUUAUCCUUGAAACCCCUCAUUGGUAUGAUUGCCCUAAAACCCCUCAUCACCCCCUUCCCCAACAACACCCUGCGGUCCGUACAAUCGAAAACCCUAACUCAGAACUUCCAUGUCCAAACCAAAGAUUCAACCUUUUCACUGAAACUGAACCAUACGGGUACGGCCAUAUCACUGUGUGUCUGUCUGUGAAGUUGUUUGCCGCAAGCUUCGGUGUCUAUGCUAUUGAAACAGACUAUCUACGGUCAGUUUCAUACUCUUUCCAGCUUUGUACAUGCUUUCUUUCUAUAUUUAGGAUGGAGUUCGAACCAUUGGGCAUAGGAAACGAUGUGAUUGAAUUCGAUAUGAUGGGGCUCGGUGAAAACCCUGUCGAAAUCCACCACCCCAUUGACGGUGAUGAUGAUGACCGCUUCCUUGAAAAUUCUUAUGGCAGUGGUGGUGGUGGCGCUGCUGAGCUUUAUAUUCCUGAAGGGGACACGAAUCUUGAACCCUAUGAGGGUAUGGAAUUUGAGUCAGAGGAGGCUGCCAAGGCCUUUUAUAAUUCAUAUGCCCGCCGGGUUGGGUUCAGCACCCGUGUCAGCAUGUCUAGGAGGUCCAGGCGUGACGGUGCCAUCAUCCAGAGAUCGUUCGUGUGUGCCAAAGAGGGGUUUCGUGUUGAAAAAGAGAAGCCCAGGCGUGACACUGCAAAGGUCAAGCGACCCCGUGCUGAGACUAGGGUUGGUUGUAAAGCCAUGUUGGUUGUCAAGAUUCAGGAUUCUGGGAGGUGGGUUGUUUCUGGAUUUGUGAAAGAGCAUAACCAUGAGCUUGUCCCACCUGACAAGGUUCAUUGCCUCCGCUCUCACCGACACGUGUCUGGCUCUGCAAAGUCUCUGAUUGAUACUCUUCAGGGAGCUGGUAUUGGUCCUAGUGGUAUUAUGUCUGCUCUGAUUAGGGAAUAUGGUGGAAUUAGCAAUGUUGGAUUCACGGAACGCGAUUGUAGGAACUACAUGAGAAGUAGUAGGCAAAGGACUCUUGGAGGAGACACCCAACUCCUCUUGGACUACUUAAGGCAGAAGCAGUCUGAGAACCCUGCAUUUUUUUACGCUGUGCAGGGUGAUGAGGAUCAGUGUAUGAGUAAUAUCUUCUGGGCUGACCCGAAAGCAAGAGCCAACUAUACCUAUUUUGGUGACACUGUUACAUUUGACACCACUUAUAGGUCCAACCGGUAUCGGUUGCCUUUUGCUCCUUUUACCGGAGUUAACCAUCAUGGACAUCCUGUGUUGUUUGGCUCUGCUCUCUUGAUAAAUGAAUCUGAGGCAUCGUUUGUCUGGCUAUUUAGAACAUGGCUUGAGGCAAUGUCUGGCCGACCUCCAGUCUCAAUCACCACUGACCACGAUAGGGUGAUUCGCUUGGCCAUUACGGAGGUUUUUCCUGAGACCCGUCACCGUUUUUGCAAGUGGCACAUCUUUAAAGAAUGUCAAGAAAAGUUGUCUCACGUGCUUAUCGAACAUCCAAAUUUCGAAGUGGAGCUCCAUAAAUAUGUAGAUAUGUCUGAAUCCAUUGAAGAGUUUGAAUCUUGUUGGUUGUCCCUUAUUGAUAGAUAUGACCUUCAGGAACAUGAGUGGCUUCAAACUAUUUAUGCUGAUCGCUGGCAGUGGGUUCCAGUAUACUUGAGGGACACAUUCUUUGCAGAAAUGUCUAUCACACAACGUAGCGAUAGUAUGAAUUCAUAUUUUGAUGGAUAUGUAAAUGCCUCAACGACUCUACAGCUGUUUGUUAAACAGUACGAGAAGGCACUGGAGAGUCGCUACGAGAAAGAAGUUAAAGCAGAUUAUGAUACAAUGAACACAGCCCCGAUAUUGAAGACCCCAUCUCCAAUGGAGAAACAGGCGGCUGAGGCUUACACAAGGAAACUGUUCAUAAAGUUUCAAGAGGAGCUGGUUGAGACACUCACUUUCUUGGCAACCAAGGUUGAGGAAGAGGAGGCAACCACCACUUACCGAGUUGCUAAAUUUGGAGAAAAUCAUAAAGCCUACUUUGUCAAAUCCGAUGUGCGAGAGAUGAAAGCAAGUUGUAGCUGCCAAAUGUUUGAAUUCUCUGGCCUUUUAUGUAGACAUACAUUGACAGUCUUUAGGGUGACAAAUGUUCUUACUCUGCCAUCUCACUAUAUUUUAAAACGAUGGACAAGAAAUGCCAAGAGUGGUGUAAUGUUGGAGGAACGUUCUAGUGAUUUGCUGAAUGGUUCUCAAGAAUCUCCUACGGUCAGAUACAACAAUCUUCGUUGUGAGGCUCUCAAGUUUGUAGAUGAAGGUGUGAAGACUAUCGAAAUUUUCAAUGUGGCAACGGAUGCUCUAAAGGAAGCUGCAAAUAAAGUUGCUUUUGCUAAAAAGAAUGAUGGAAGGGUUACUAGUGUGAAUGGAACUAGCAGAGAAGAUUGUCUCACCCAUAGAAAUCAUGCAAAUGAUACUUGUGGGGCUCAUCAAUGGGGUUCAGAACAACCUCAAUCUGAGGACGAGCAGGACAGGAAAAUACAGAAACUGACGCAACAGCUUGAACGUGCACGUCGAAAAUGUGGACUAUAUCGGGCCAACUUACUUUCUGUUUUGAAAGAUAUUGAGCAGCAGAAGUUACAGUUGACAGUUAAAGUUCAAAGUAUUAAGCUAGGUAUGAAAGACCAAUAACAUAUAGAUUGAACACAGUUGUCUCUCUCUCUCUCUCUCUCUAUAUAUAUAUAUUUAUAAAACUUCAGGGAAGUUGUGAGAGCAUCUUGUACUCACUAGCAACUGUAGGAAUUGAAUACAUGAAAAUACUUAUUUCAGCAAAAGGGCUUGUGAACCGAUCAUUGAUUUAUUCGACAGACCUGAGUAAACAACUCCAGAACUUCCACCAUUUAAACAA